CAGACGCUCGCUCUGGCUUCAGUGCAGGCAAGAGAUGGCGGGAGCGGAGGAGACUCCUGGUGCAGACAUGGCAUUGUCCAACAGCACGCCUCGACCUCGAGAGCAGUGGGAGGACAAAAACGAGAAGGAAGAGGACGAUGACAGACCGGAGGGGCCAAGGGUGGGGACCAAACAGAGGGCCAAACGCGAGCGCCGCCAAGGAAGUGUGAGUGCCACCAUGUGUCAGGUGUGCAACAUGCAGUUGAACUCUGGGGCACAGGCUCAGAUCCACUACAUGGGCAAGACUCACAAGCGGCGGCUGAGACGACUGGCCAAGGCCGUGACUGCAGGUGCCUUGUCCUCCAGUCACAUCCAUCCUCUGCUCGGCUCCCUGCCUCUGAUGGCUGGAUCCUGGCAGUCUCAAACGCUGCUGGAGCACUUCCUGCCUCUGAGAAUUAACCGGUCAACACCACUCAACCUGUUUCCCACUUUCAACGGGAUAGACCCUGUGCAGAAGGCCGUGAUCAACCACACAUUUGGGGUCAUUGGUCCCAAGAGAAAACCCACUAUCUCCUGCAACGUUUGUCACAUGUGUUUCAACUCCACGAACCAAGCUGAGGCUCACUAUAAGGGUCACAAACAUGCUCGCAAGCUGAAGGUCUUGGAGACUCAAAGGAAACAGAAGUAUGGCCACUUUCCAACUGCAUUAGGAAGAAACAGGACGAAAGAGAAGGGAUGGCUGGUGGGAUGUACCGACACGCCAGACUUGUGUGAAGACAUUGCUGGCUUAAGCAGCACCUCCAAACAGGAGAAUGGGAAUGGAGUGACUCCUACAUGGUCCUCAAAACCUCCCAGAAUGGAAUCCGUGUGCUUAUCCCAGCAAUAUUCACAUUCUGGUGCUCAGCUCACAGAUUUACCUUCCGAUGGUUCCACCUGCUGGCUGGCUCAGAGAUGUCUGGAGACCUCUGGGAGAGGUGAUGAGGACGAGCUGCAUAAGAGCAAGUCCAAGCAUCUCCACUGUCCAACAUGCAAAGUGACAGUCAAUUCUAGUGCUCAGCUGGAAGCGCACUCUAACGGCUCCAAACACAAACAGAAGUUGGGAGGUCACAUCGGCCAAUCACAACACAGACUCAAGGUGUUCCUCUCUCCACAACAAAACAUCCGACCAAAGCAGACUAACAUGUCCAGAGGGGUCGUGUCCUGUCAGCCCUUUCAUUGCAGCAGGUGUCAGAUUACCGUCAACUCGGAGACUCAACUGAAACAGCACAUGAACAGUCGCAGACACAAGGAGCAUUUAUUCAGAAAACACAUCAGUCCGAAGCUCGUACCGUUAAGUAAACUGCAGCCUUCAGCAGCAUUAGUGAAUAAAGUGGCCUUGCAUAAGCAACUGAACAAGGUUCUGCCAUCAGGGUUCCUGUCCAGCCACUUCAAUUCUUCUGGCUUGUGCACCUUGGGAUCAUCCCCCCUCACCCUUCAGAUGGUACCAGGUCCCACUGCUAUCAUGGAGGCUUCGCUUAUAAGCCCUGGACUCUUCAGGCCUGCACCAGGACCGCUUAGGGCCAUGCAUGCUCCUGUUGUCUUCUCUCCAUAUUAAAAGUGACUGACGAGGCAAAGCUUGGGAUUGAAGUGGUCAAAGAACCCCCCCACACCUCCAUGAACUCUCAAGAUACAUAGCUGCAGCAGGUCCAGAUUAUUAUAAUUCAUCGGCCUCAUCUGGCCAAGACUGCUUCUACAUAUUCGUGUUGGCCUCAGCUGACAUGUUUCCUGGGACCUGAGCCUCUGUGGAUAUUCUGAUUGACUAUUGAUUCAUUUGACUAUUCAUCUUCAAAUUUUAAUCUUAAGCGGGAAAAAAAUCUACUCUUCAUUGUAUAUAUGCAAGAAAGGGUUUUUAAAAUACCAACAUCGCAAUUGAUGUAAAGUAAGAAAAAAAGAACAGUCACCAUCAAUGUUUUAAACUUUACUGCACAUACUACAUAGUUCUGGGCUUCAGAGAUUCAAGUGGGUGAUUCAUUUUACAUACUCUAAGUGCAGCUGCAACCACAUUGUGAUGGUCAGCUGGGUCAGAAACUAAAAAGUUCACAUAGAAAUACAUUAAAACACAGGACUUGAAUUUUUCUGAUCAGUUGUAUGUAACAAGAUUGCACACGUUUUUUCCAUGAAAUCCCAGUAGAUAAAUGUUAUCUGAGCUAUGUUCCAAGCUGUGGCAAAGAAGAACAAACCAAAAUUCUUGCUCUGAAUGCCAUAAUUGAAAGCCAUGGAAAUGUCCACAAAAACAUGACUAUGCCACACUUUUAUGUAAAGUUGUAGCAAUUAGACCUGUUUGUCUCUGAGAAAGAAAAUAUUCAGAAAUCGACAUGAUUUGUUUGCUAUGUGUACAGCAUCGAGUCAAAUGGGCUCUGCUCUCACUGUCUUCUUUACAUUUUUCAUUUUACAUUAUUUUAAGGUUUUUGGGUGUGGGACUCUCUUUCUUAAUAAGGGUUACAAUUGAUGGCAAUGAGCAAUAUGUAAAUCUACUUACUUCAAUAUCUUCUGUAAUUACACUUGGGACAAUUAACUUCCUCUAGUUCUUUUUUCUUGACGCCACCUUUGCCUAUCUUGUGCAUCCUCUCUGGUCACACUCAUCCUCUUCUUAUCCCGCAUUAUCACAUCCUUAAACCGAAAUGCUUGCCUCUCCCCCUUUUGCCUGUUACUUUCAUUUCUAGCAGUCUUCGUCCAGCAUACUGUCGGUCCCUCCUCUCCACGUGUCCAAACCACCUGAGUUUGACCUUCCAGACCUUCCAACCCUUUUUCCAUGAGCUGGCCCUUUGAUGUACCUGUUUCUAAUUGGGUCCUUCCUUGUCGCUCUCAUUUUCACUACCUCAGCUCACCACCCUCCGGUGUCUCUCUCAUUCAUUCAACAUGUUCUGUCUUGCUCCUUCUGAGCUUCAUUCACUCUCCUCUCCAGCCUCUCAUCUAACACAUCAUUACUCCUACUGCAGAUCACUAUAUCAUCAGCAAUCGUCAUGGUCCAUGGAGACUCGUCCCUAACCUGAGUCAGACAGGAAUGGGCUUAGACCUGAUCCCUGAUGGAAUCCCCCUCUCUCCUUGGAGCCCCCUGUCACUCCUACAGCACACCUCACCACUGUCUCACUGUCUUCAUACAUGUCCUGCACAUCCCUCACACACUUCUCUAAUGCUCCUGACCUCUUCAUACAGUACUACGCUUCUCUCUAUGUCAUAGGCUUUCUCCAGAUCCACAAAGACACAGUGCAGUUUCUUUCUCAGAGCAAGCAAUGGAUCCGUGGUGCUCUCUCUCAGAAUGAAACCAUACUAUGGCUCUCUGGUGCUGAUAUCUCCUCUAAGCCUAGAAUCAACCACUCUGUCCCUCAUCUUCAUGGUGUGACUCAUCAUUUUGACCCCCAAAUUUCCCCAAUAGUUGCUAGAGCUUUUGAGAAUCCUCCUUGUUGGCACCAGGACACUCCUCCGCCACUCACCAGGGAUUUUCUCAGUCAUAAAGAUUGCAUUGAACAGUCUGGUUUGAAUGUUCACUGUUCGCUCUCCUUGUCCACACCUACACUGGGAUGUUGUCUAGCCAACUGCCUUGCCAUUAUUUUUCCUCGUCAGAGCAUGCCUCACUUCUACCUAGCUAAUUCUACUACUUGGUCCACUAUCUCAAGUUUCAUUCUGCCUGCCUAAGUCUCUAUCAUUAAAUGUGGGACUCUGCCAUCACAGUCAUUUCUUAGUCACUAACCUCAUUCAACAGAUCAAAGGCCUGUGUUGUUUGGCAACACUUUCCUUUGGCACCACCUUACAGUCAACUGCCUCCUUCAAAUUGACCCUUCGGUAUGUGACAUGGUGCAUAUGUAAACCUCUUCCUAUAUCUUUGUAGCUUACACUUGUACCCUUUGUUGGAAUUACAUGUUCACCACUGCCACCACUUAAAUUCAUGUCUAAUGUUCUCAGCCUUAUUUCCUUUCCAGUUGAUUUUCUGUGCACAUACAGCAUUAUGCCUACCGUUCUUCUCUACAUCAUAUCAGCUAACGCUCUACGCUUCCUAGUCGUGGUUCCCACAUUCAACAUUCCUACACUGCUAGCAGUUACUCUGCUCUUUGUUUUCUCCCUCUGUCGCCAACGUCUUCUUCCUCCUCUUUCAAUCUGUCCCCAUCUUUGGCCAACAGUUGUACAAUUUCCAAUAGUGUCCUGUAGGCUAACAACACCAAAGGCAGACUUCACCUGGGUGACUGUUGUUCCAGUAUGGUUCUCUGAAUCCUAUUUGUUUUUAUCAUAGUAAUGUUGCCUAUGAGCUGGCCGCCUUGUCUGUCAUUCCCUUUUGAACCAUUCUUUGUCUGUCCUCUCACCUGAGACCACAUUUUCAUGGGAGACCCUAACAGGUGCACCAAGUUCCCAUCAACUCAUCUGUCAGGAUCACUGAGGAACCCAUCCCCAUUACGAUAAGGUGAUGGUUUGCAGGAAGGGACAAUGAACCAAUUGCAAUAACAUAACUUGUGUUGCUAAAUGUGAACA